GAAAGUUUAAAUAUGAUCGAUCAAUCGGCUUGUGAUCUGAAUGAUUAAUUGCAUUAUCAUGCACGAAAACAUCUUUCCAAAAAAUACUUGAGAGCUUUCAGCAGUACUUUCAAGAUGCACCCGAAUUUAGCCAGCACGUUUGGAGUAUUUUGCAUCUUCUUACACAUGUUCCUGCAUUCAGUCGACGGCAGGAUCCUGCGCAGAUCUUGUGGAGACUACGCAAACUUCUCCUAUGUAGCGCUGGACAAAGUUUUGGAAGGAGAGAAAAUUACAACACUGAUUGUUCCAUCCGAAGAAGAAUGCGAACUUGCCUGUGUUGACGAGCUGCAAUGCAAGUCAAUAAACAUAGAAAAGAGUAAGAAAGCCAGAAGGUGCGAGCUCAACAAACGCUCUACUGCAGAUGCUUCAGACGGGGUAGCGCUAACGCCAAAGCAAGGUUGGGUGUACAAGUCUACGAGCUUUACUAAAAAUCUGAUUGGGCACAUAUGCAGGAAACUCAAUCCAUGCGAACCGGAGCAUUUGUGUCUCGAUGUUUGCUAUUCCACUGGAUACAAGUGCACCCAUUGCAAGGAGCUUCCACUUGGCAUGCCGUGUGUCAGAUCAAUCAGUAACAUUGCAUUUGGGAAAAGUACUUCACAGUCAUCGACGUACGCUCCGUAUUCAAGUGCCAAUGCGGUUGAUGGAGGCAGAACUGGCGUUUGGAAUUCAGGUGGUUUUAGCAGAUGCAUGCACACAGGACUGCAAAGACCUUGGUGGUCUGUAGCCUUUGCUGGAAAUGCAGUUGUGUAUUCAGUUACAAUAUACUCAAGGACAGAUUGCUGUUUUGAACGGGUCAGUGGUCUGCAUGUAAAGCUUGGCAACAAAAAUGCGCCCAAUACAAAUACAAUAAUUUGGAUUACAUCCACUUUUUCUUUAAGUCAAACAAAGGAAACGAAAGAAUUCAGCCAACCGAAAAACGGAAAGUAUCUUUAUGUGGAGUCGCAGCUAGACAACUAUUUGGAUUUUUGUGAGGUUGAAGUAAUGGGAUGCCUAGAAUAAACGGUUUACCUAUACCUAGGAAAUGAUGGUUUUGUUAUUAAGAGCAAUGUGAAAAAUUUUGAGUUAGUUUCUUUGUGCUGCACGAAUAUAUUUGCAUAAAAACCAAUCGAAAGGUAUUUGAAAAGUUAAACGAGCCUUCAUGUAGGUGACGUCUGAUUGAAAUUCAUCAGUAGCGAACGGAGGAGCAGUACAAGACAUUGUGUCGUUGUGUUUGUGAACCAGUCUUGAGAGAGUACAAUAAAACAAUGACAAGCAAAAAGAGGAACUUGGUGGGACUGGGAUCAAUGAAAUUCUAGCAGAACGAACAGCUCCUCCAAGUCACGACAGAUGACUUACAGCAUUGCAAUCAAACUUCACAAUCGAUCCGUUCGUUAAAUCCUCAAAAUCUAUUUAAACAAUUUUUUAGUGGUGCAAAACUUGAAAUAUGGCUUAAAAAAAAGAAAACAUUUGAGUAAACUAAACCUUUUCGUCUGAUACUUUUCAGGGUUGAAAACGUCAGAACAUAGAUCGAAAACUUUACGCUAGGAAACAUAUAAACCAAGUUGUGGAACGAAAUAGGGCAAUCAGAAACGCGAGCACAUGACUGUUGAGGUUGCCCAACCAGUGCCGCUUGCCUAUAUGGAUUGUUACCAAUGGAAUCUUUAAGUGGAAAUGAACUCCUUUUGUCUACCCAAUAGCUGCAGACAAAACAACCCUCUAUCCUGGAGUCAUAGAGCAUGCGCUCAUUUCUUUUAAACUAGAUGUAAAAUCACUAUACACAAAAAUUUCUCAAGAUGAGAAUAUCAAAGCUUCCCUCGAUGCCAUCAAAAAUCAUUGUGGGGAGACUACCCCACUGCAUGUAAAAUAAAACAAAUGGCAAUAUUUAUACCCAAACAAAAUUAUAUUGCCCUCUCAUUUUGAUAAGAACAAUUUUAUAAGAACCCGAGCCAUUAAAUUGGUCAAAAGGGAUCUUAACAGGCCUAUGCCUUGCCUAUAUUUAGAAAUAACUGAUCGAAAAUGGCUAGCGAAUGACAGUUUGGGAUCUAGUAUGGCGCCGAGUUGUUAUUGCUCUUGAACUCUCAUUACUGGAGCUCCAUUAAACAAAUGGAAGGAUGAUCCAUUGGAAUUAUCUGUGUUUAAAAAAUAAUUUCUACUUUCUACUGCUGGUUGGGUCAGGAUUAAAGAACAUUUGCCACCUAAGCGCCCACAGUUCAAUAAUGCAGCAUAUCAACUAAUGCAGCAUAUGCAGCUUAAAGUAUAGUAGCAUCUAGACGUAAGCAUGUAUUGUAAACAAUUUUAUAUGAUAUAAAAAAACUGCGUAGAUUGAUGUGUCAUCGGCAAAUAAGUUUUCCUUACACUUUAAGCCAUCAGUCAAGUCAUUGAUAUAGAUAAGAAAAAAAGAGGACUCAAGAUAGAACCUUGGGGAACACCGGCUGAAAUAUUACGCCAUGUAGAUGCUUUGCCAUUCAAAACAGUACGCUGUUUUCUAUUGUGAAGGCAACUUUCUUCAAAUUAUUUUUCCUAUUUUCUUCAAACACUUUUCCUUCGCCUCCUCAACUAAAUUUGAUCCCUGAGAUAUCACAUUGGCAAUGACCUCUUGCUUGCAUUCUGGCUGUUCAUUUCUGAUGAAAGUCUUAUAAGCCCUGUUCUUUUUCAUGAUGAAGUUUCUAAUUGACUGCGCUAUCCAAGGUGCCUGGCGAGAUCUGAAUGUGAUUAUUUUGUUUGGUAUAAAGUUGGAAAGGAUAUUCAGUAAAAUUUCAUUCAGGUGUUUUUAACUUGAAGAUCUAGGGAUUUUGACUUCAGAGAAAUUGUUUUAACACUUGCAGUGAUCUUUGAUUGCAGUGAUCUUUGUUCUAUCAUAGCCCAAAUUCUGCGUUUAUAUCGAGGUGGAAACAUAAUUUUUAUACUUAGUUUACCAAAAACAAUCUGACUGGUUUUUUAAAGACGGGUAAGACCUGAUUCAAGAAAUAAAUUUGGCUGAUCAUUGUAUAAAACAUCAAUGCAAGAUUGAGAAUUUCCAGUUAAGUGUGUUGACUAGAAAACUAAUAUCGUUUGGGGCUGAAAAGAAGUUGAAUUUGUUUGGUGUCAAGCAGCUUGAAAUUCUUGUUGAUAAAAAUCUCAUCAACACAACGAUGAAUUAUAAAUAUUUAGAUCCUAUUUUAACAUUUGCGUCAUGAAACCUUUAAAAAAGUACCUAAAAAGCUGAGUGAACAUGAUAAGAGAAAUAAAAAUAGUCUGACAUUAGAUGCGGCUUAAGCAUUAUGCAGGACGAUGGUUUUACCAGUUUUUACAUAUUGCAGUACUUUGUCACUGGGAUUACCUGAUUCUUGACUAAAAAGGAUCAGAAGCAUCGAUAAUAGAGGAAAGAAUGUAAAUUAUCUACACUGGGAAAGAAUUUGGAAACAUGAACUGUAGUAUUCGAUUGUCUUAGCAAUAACAUUUGUGAGCUCUUGG